CCUCAAGAGCCUUCAGCCGAACAUGACCCGCCCUUUGCUGCAGAUGUUGAACAGAUGAACGCCCCUCCUUCCGUGCUUCUCUUGAACGCCGGCAACGACCGGGUGGACCAGCGCACCUGCCUGAUCUGCGGGGACCGAGCCACGGGCCUCCACUACGGCAUCAUCUCCUGCGAGGGCUGCAAAGGCUUCUUCAAGCGCAGCAUCUGCAACCGGCGAGUCUACCGAUGCAGCCGUGACAAGAACUGCGUCAUGUCCCGCAAGCAGCGCAACCGCUGCCAGUACUGCCGACUCCUCAAGUGCCUCCAGAUGGGGAUGAACCGGAAAGCCAUCCGUGAAGACGGCAUGCCCGGGGGCAGGAACAAGAGCAUUGGACCUGUCCAGAUCUCCGAGGAAGAGAUCGAGCGGAUCAUGUCCGGCCAGGAGUUCGAAGGGGAGCCCAACAUCUCCUGGUGUAAUAACGGAGACAGCGACAACAGCUCCCCGGGGAACGGGGUGUCGGAAAGCAACCAGCCUUCCCCGGUCUCGACUCCGUCUUCGAGUAGGUCCGUGGAGAUGAACGGAUUUACAGUUCUCAGGGAUCAAUACAUGGGCACGCCGGUGUCCACCCCCUACCAGUACCUGCCGCACCUUCUCAGCUGCCCCACUCACACGGCCCUGCUGCCCCCCCAGCCCCGUAGCCUCGACGCCCAGGCCCACGGGCUCCUCAUCAGCCAGCUGGUGUCUGCAGAAGACCAGGAGCCCUUGGGCACCCCGAUGCUGAUUGAAGACGGGUACAGAGUGACCCAGGCCGAGCUGUUUGCCCUGCUGUGCCGUCUGGCGGACGAGCUUCUCUUCCGCCAGAUCUCCUGGAUCAAGAAACUGCCCUUUUUCUGCGAGCUGUCCAUCAAGGACUACACCUGCCUCCUGAGCUCCACCUGGCAGGAGCUGAUCCUCCUUUCCUCCCUCACCAUCUACAGCAAGCAGAUCUUCGGGGACCUGGCGGACGUGACCGCCAAGUAUUCGCCCUCCGACGAUGAGCUUCACAGGUUCAGCGAAGAAGGGAUGGAAGUUAUGGAAAGGCUCAUCUACCUGUAUCGCAAGUUCAGCCAGUUGAAAGUCAGCAACGAGGAAUACGCCUGCAUGAAGGCCAUCAACUUCCUCAACCAAGAUAUUCGGGGCCUGACCAACGCCUCCCAGCUGGAGCAGCUGAACAAGCGAUACUGGUACGUCUGCCAGGACUUCAUGGAGUUCAAAUAUCCGCACCAGCCGAAUCGGUUUCCAGAUCUGAUGAUGUGUCUGCCAGAGAUCCGGUACAUCGCAGCACCGUCACGUGGCCCUGGAGGAAGCCAAUGAAGCAAGUAUUUGAAAUCUACCGUGGUCACCAUUUGGAGGCGGGGACUGGACGAGUGUCCGGCGAAAGGCUGCGACUGCCCAGGACAAGUGCACCCACGCAGAUCUACCUGGGAGUGAGUUCCGCGCUCGGUCACCAAAGCCGGGCUCUCCAUGGGGCUCCAUCUGGAUUAAGACCUGGAGGAGUCCAAGGCUUUGGCCUUCAGCCACUUUCACUCUUGGAGAACUUCACAGCAGAGGAGAAGCUGGUGGAGUCAUAAGCGGCGAGAGAGAGAGAGAGAAUCCGAGGGCUCCUUUCCAAGUAAGUGAUUGAUAACAGGCACUGCCAAGGUCAUUGGAACAAUUGUACUUUUUAUCUACUUCUGCGGUAAUUCGUGGUCUCUCUAGCUAAGGAUGAGGUGGGACAAGAACCGGUGGACGUUUUGCCUGCCAAUCUCUCUGUUUUAGGUAGGCCGAGGUAGCCUAGAAGAUCUGGGCUCCCGAAUAGGUUGAACUUGAAGUUAAGAAUUCUGGACAGUCCCCUUUUUCCGAUUUGGUGAGAUUUGGUGGCUUCGUUCGAAGCACCACUGGGUGAAUUCGCCUUCUUCUUCCCCCACCAUCUGGGCUGCUACUACUACUACCAUCUUCUCCAACUAAUCAGGACGGUGGACCUCCCUAGAGGAGGCCCCAGAUCUUGAGGCUGUUUCCCAUGGCGGGACCUGGAACGGUCUCACUUCCAACAACGGGGGGGAAAGGGAGGAUUUGUUUAGAGAGAGCCCGGGUGCUAGGCUGAGACGCAGAGUUGGCACACCAGAAGCAGGAUAGUAGUGUCUUUUGCUCCCUUGGGAGAGAUAACACCCACCAUCAAUCUCCCCCACCCACCCCCCCAAAAAAUAUAGAAAGCGAUUCCUACUCACAUCUGGGCACUGCAAAAAAAGCAGAUCGUGUGUUUUGAGACCUUUUGGAGAAGACGGCUUGCAAGAAAUGGACGAGAUCGGGAGGAUGGCUUUCGUUGUGGUUUUUCUUUUUCAUGCCAUCACAAAUUCCAGAGGCCAAAAAGAGAGGAAGCUCCUUUUUUAAGACAGAGAAAGUUCUUUGAGUCUCCCCAAGGAAGGGGAGGUUCUCCAGUCUGCUUUUGAUCUUGGCUUCAGGAUAGGAUGACUCUCAUCUAUUCUUUUACUGGUCUGCAGUUCUUCCAAUUUGCCCGUGAAAUCCAGAUUCCUUCAGAAUAACUUGCCCAUCGCAGUUAUUCUUACUCUCUCGGGCAUCAGAGACUCAAGAAUUUCUGUGAGGUGGCUUUCUUACUUUCUGUUGGAAUCUUAUCCGUUUCUUCCAACUGACACGGGCCCGGUCAGUUUCAGCAUGACUUGGCUGAAAUCCUCUUCCUGAGAUCUUUGCCUUUGAUGUGGGAUUGUCCGAAGGAAGAUGAGGAAUUUUUGGCUGGGUCCCUCUUGAAUUCCAUGCUGCACGCAGGGGGACAUCUGUGGAACAGAGAGGACAAUUUUUGGUGAGGACGGGCCUUCUUGUCCAUUGUUCUAGACCAGGGGUGUCAAACUCGUAUCAUCAUGGCAUCAUCACAUGACGUAUCAGGACUCCCCCCCCUUUGCUAA